AUGGUUUGGCCGAUCUGGAUCUCGUUUUUCGCUACCCUCUUCCUUUUGGUCGCGCAGUGCUCCAAAAAGAAAAGCGGCAUGAAGCGGGCCGAGAAGCGAGUGAUCAUGGGCGUCCCCAGCGCCUCUACUACCGGCAUCACACGCAAGAAACAGUCCGACUCCGAGGUUUCAUAGUUGAAUAUAGUCUGUGUGCCACGACUUGGAAUUUCACGGAACGACAUUCCGCUGUGCGCCUUUGCGAACCUUGGUCGCGCUUGUUUUUUCUUUUAUCAAGGUUCUCUACUUUCAUAUGCUCCCACAGCAAUAACAAUCAAUUGAAAUCGGGACAUAGAUUCGAAAGACGCUUCGCGAACGCACGCAGCGGAACAGCGGAACAGCGGAAUGUCGUUCCGUGAAAUUACAAGUCGUGGCACACAGACUAUACGAAUGAAUGAUUUGCGGAAAAUCAGCAUCUUCUCAUUUUGAACUUGAAGCUAGAGCUCGAAUAGAAUGUUAUUGAUAGGGACCGCAGACGAAUUUUUAAAAUUUUUUUUUUCAGCAUUGAGCUUUGUAUGGUUUGAUAGCUGUUUCGAUUAAAAACUCAGAACCGUUUAGUUUUUCGAAAAAGAUUGAGGAUGAAAAAAGUUAUGACGAAAAAUGUGGCGCGCCGCGCACCAUUUUUUUAGUACUGAAAUUUUGGUAUUAUCCAUUUUUGAUAUUUUUCUCGAUUUUUCUUCUGGAACAAGUUUUGAUACUGGUCUAAUAUGAUGUAAGAAAUCAUAAUAGAGUGCUAAAAUGAUAAAAAUUUGCUAGUUUGCCGAAAAAGUCGGUAUUUUCCAGAAAACAAAAAACUGGCGCUUGCGGGCAUCGAACUCGCGACCUCAAAAUGAAAAAUCGCAGCGCACGCGCUGCGCCAAGCUGUUAGGUCUAGCGAGGGGAGCUUCCAUCCGCCUUACCCUUGAGCCGUUUGGAUAGCACAGACUGCCUAUUUCAAAAAGAAAAGUUUGAAGUAAUUUAGCUAUUUUUUUAUCAGAAUAUGUUCGCAAAUCUUUACUCCAACUUUCCGUGGAAAUUCACUUCGAAAAAAACUCUUUUUUUAGUGCUUUUUUUGCCUCGUUAAAAGAUCGCUGCAUUAAAAACGGUUCCGUAAAUUUUUUUGGCAAAGACGAAUUUUUUUAUUUUAUUCUUUUUAAUUGAAAGAUUUUUUUACUAAUAAAUGUAUAUAAUCGUUUGAAAAAAACCUGCGUUCGACCGCAUUCUGUGUGAUAAACGCCGCUAAUUUUAUUCUCUAGUUUCAAGAGCAUUUUUUUGUGUAUUAAACAACUUUUUUUCAAGCACAUAUUCUGUGGAGAAAAAUUUAAGUAAGCCCAUGAUCUAAAUUUUGAAAAAAAGAAAAAAACUCGAUUAUAUUCGCUUAUUAACGAUAUUUUUGAAUUAUGACUUUCGGCACUCCCUAAAAUUUUUGGCAAAGACGGAUUUUUUAUUUUAUUGUUUUAAAAUUACCGUUACUUGAACUAAAAUCAUUAUUUAAAAAAAGAAAGAGUGCGUUCGACCUGAAAACACAUAAAAAAGCAAAAAACGACAAAAUUUUUUAGUUGCAUUCACGUUUUUGUACGACAUUCCGCGAGAACGCAUCAAAAAAGCGUGAAAUAUUUUUUAAACGAAAGAGGAAGCUUUUCUGUACAUGUGUCUCAAAAUUUAUUAUCCAGUUCCAUAUAUUUUGCAACUAAAACAAAAUGAAAGUUGAAAACCAAAAAAAAGCCACUUUUCUAUCGCGAAAAGGGGCGUGGCUUUGCGGUCCCUAGUUAUUGAACUCAAACCUACCCUCAGCUUUUUGCAGAAUAUCUCUCGAAGAUAAAAAUCUUUCGAACGAAAUUCCAUUGAAAUCAACUUAUUGUUUGCCAAUCUAAAAACAUCAGAGAGCCCUCGAUAGAGACCGCAGAGCCACGCCCCUUUUUGCGAUGCACUGAUAUUUUGGCCUUUUUUUUGUGUUGUUUUCGUAAAAGCGCAAUACUGAACCGAUUCUAACAAAAGUUGGUGGAAAAAUAGAGUGAACCUUUCUCUUUCGAUUCAUGUAAAAUUCACUCCAUGUUCUUGCGUUCCGGCGGUAAAUGAAAAUUCAAACGCGAAUCGGUACUUUUUUUUAGGAAACUGUAUUUUUUCAUACUUUUAUUCAUCUAACCAAACUUCCUGUAUAACAGCAAUGACCAAAAGAAACAUGAAGCUCUCAAAAAUAAGAAAGGGGGCAGCUCUCAAAUUACCAAGUUUUGAAAAACAAAACGCAUGGUAACAUUAUGAGGAAAAGAAAAAAAGAAAGUCCCUUCGCGUUUAAAUUUGAGUAGUUAUUGCCAAACCGCAAGUAGUCACGACAGUAUAUCUUCACCCCUCACCUUCUACAUCUUAAAUAUGUAUUUUUCUAAGUGUGAACUAUCUGAAGACGCCUCGUCCAACAACAAGUCGACAGCUUUCGGAAAAAUGAAACAGAUUUUUGGAUUGGGCACCAAGGAAAAGGAGAGCAACGAGUAAGUUUCUAAGAAAUCCUCUACUAAACCAAAAUUCAGGAAACUUUACAGCGCCGAUGAAAUUUUCAAAAAUAUGAAAAUAAACGUGCCAGAUGACACGCCGGUCAGUUCCUUGUUCUAGAAGACUUUCAAAACUUGGAUGAAAACUCAGAAAUCGGUUUACACCCAAGAGGACGACGUCAACCCACUCGCCAAGAUCAAGAAGCCGCAGAACAAAGGAGGAGCAGGUUGAAAAGAGUUAUCGAAAUCUCCUUGAUCUAGAGUAUAUCAAAGAACCAAUGAAAAUCCUUCGAAAAACUAGAAAAAAUUAGAAAUUUCGCUGGAAAUGAACAAAACGAGCUCCUAUUUUUCAUUUUCCGUUGAACUUCCUCAUCAAUUUCUCUGAUAACUUUGCUGAAAAUUUUGGAAAAAGCCGGAGGUGGGCCAGUACUCAAAACGGCGGAAGAAAUUCGGCCACCCGACCUGGCGUCGCGAUACCGAUCCCAACACACUCAGGUAAAAAGCUAACAGAAAAACUUGAUUACUUUUAUUUUCAGCCUUCCCAUAAAGGAAAGUCCAAAGAGGCCGAUAAAACUGCAGAGGUUUAUUCGAAUAUUUCUUAAUACUUGAAUACUUUUUAGGUUGAAAAAAAGAGCGAAGUAGAAAAGUUUAGCACUACGGAUACGGUAAUAACCCUCUUUAUUUCCAUUCAAGCAUGAACUCAGGGUUCAAAUACGCCUGUGAGAUGCCGGACGCCGGAUCGAAGCACAGUAAGAGGGAAAAGUUUAGGAAAGGUUUGCAAAACGUCGAUGGGGAUCGUGCCACUGGCCCAUUUGGUGAAAACCUGUGGCGCUACCAGCUGAGCCAGGGAGCCAUGACCCUCUUCUAGCUUUAGUUGUGCAUCAGAUCCACGCGCCGAGACCUUUCCAUUCUUAAACAAUCAUUUUCAGAGAGGAAAUUUCCAAAGGCUCAAUGCAACCAGCACAUACAUAGAGGCAGCAGGUUAAUGAAAACUGAUAGUCAUUCAUAUUUUAAAAGUGUUCAGAAACCGCGUGA